GGACGCCUCGGUCGGGACGGUUCCUGCUUUGACUGUGGUGCUAAGAAUCCAAGCUGGGCCAGUAUUUCCUAUGGCGUAUUCCUGUGCAUCGACUGCUCUGGAGUCCACAGGUCACUGGGUGUGCACCUAAGUUUCAUCAGGUCUACAGAACUGGAUUCAAACUGGAGCUGGUUCCAACUGAGGUGUAUGCAAGUGGGCAGCAAUGCUAAUGCGACUGCCUUCUUCCGCCAACAUGGCUGCACCACCACAGAUGCCAAUGCCAAGUAUAAUAGCAGAGCUGCCCAGAUGUACAGAGAGAAGAUCCGGCAGCUGGCGAGCGCUGCCAUGGCCAAGUAUGGCACCAGUCUUCUGAUAGAUGGAUUGAGUGGAACCCCAGGCCAUUCCCCCGAGAAGAGUGAUGCUGACUUCUUCAUGGAGCACACUCAGCCUUCCAGUACCUGGGAUGUGGCAGAGGCCGGUCAGAAUCCAGCAUUGUGCUCACUGGAGUCUGAAAGAGCAGCAAAGCCAUUGGAAACCAGCGAAAUGCCACAGUCAAACCAAGGCCCAUCUAUUGACCUGUUGAGCUCAUCUCCUAAAGCACCUCUGGACGCAUCCAUGUGUCUGUCUGCACAAGUGCCUGCUCCUGCCAGAGAACUAAAAUCUUCCCUUAUUGGAAAGAAGAAGCCAGGCACUGCCAAGAAAGGGCUGGGUGCAAAAAAGGGGCUUGGAGCCCAGAAAGUGAGCAGCCAGAGCUUCAGUGAGGUAGAGCGACAGGCCCAGAUGGCUGAGAAGCUGAGGGAGCAGCAGGCAGUGGAGUCAAGGAAACAAGCUGAGGAGUCCAUAGUCACUUCAAUGCGACUGGCCUAUCAGGAGUUGCAGAUCAAUCGGAAGAAAGAGGAGAAGAAACUUCAGAACUUGGAAGGGAAGAAACGCGAACAAGCUGAGAGACUGGGCAUGGGAUUGGUGUCCAGAAGUUCUGUCUCUCACUCCGUGCUGUCCGAGAUGCAAGUGAUUGAGCAGGAGACACCAGUGGCUGCAAAAUCUUCUCGCUCCCAGCUGGACUUGUUUGAAGAUGCUGGAGGCUUCGCAUCUGGACCCCCUAAGUACAAAGAUAAUCCCUUCUCACUGGGAGAUGCCUUUGGCUCACGAUGGGAAACAGACUCCUCCUGGGGUGUCGACAAAGGGGAAGAGGAGGCGGCAACAGUAACUAUCUCCAGCAUCCGGCCCAUUGGAGAGAGACCCAUCAGUAGGAGGGAGACAGAGAGCAGGACAUCUUCAGUGGAAUCAAAUGAAGCUCGGCAGAAGUUUGCUGGGGCCAAAGCCAUCUCAUCAGACAUGUUCUUUGGCCGAGAAGCAGAUGCUGAGUAUGAGGCCAGGUCUCGAUUGCAGCAGCUCUCCGGCAGUAGCGCCAUCAGCUCUGCAGACCUCUUUGGUGAGGCUGAGAACACGCACUCAACAGGAAGUGUGUCAAUUGGGAAUGUUUUGCCUGCAGCUGACAUCACCCAGUUCAAGCAAGGAGUAAAAUCUGUUGCUGGCAAGAUGGCAGUUCUAGCCAAUGGUGUGAUGAAUUCUCUGCAGGAUCGCUAUGGCUCAUAUUGAUGGUCCAGGGACUGCAACUCGAGCAAAUGGAAUCAAGAGGCACCAAUCUCACCUUGAGUUGCCUGGAGUUAUGCUGCAGGAUUCUAUUUUAAUUUGUCUGGGGCAGAGGGAGGUGAGGUCAACAGAAACAGAAGGGGAUAAGGAGAUGCUUAUGGCCAACAUUGUGUCCACAUAGUUCUGGAGUCUGGUCUGUAUUAGAAACCAAUAUGCCCUCAAACCAAACCUUCAUCUACUAGGAUGGGAGGCCUUGUCCCAAAUCCCAUGUUGCUCUGAACUGAGAGGGAGGUGGAGGUAGCUCCAGCUCUCAUUGGCCUGUAGCUUGUCUCAGCAAGUAACUGUGUCUAGGGAGCUCCCAUUUGUCUCCUCUCUUCAGGCCUACAAGAAAAUGACUUCAGCCAUGUGUCUUGCUGAGUGCUGCCACCCCUUCCCAUGCACAGGCUAAUGUGUUGGGGAGGGAAGCUCCAGUCAGUCACCACAUGACAGGAGUGCUGGGAAAUGCUGUGGGGGGGAAAAAAACAGACUUUCCUAGUACCUGCAGGAAGCUGUUUUAUUAGUAUAGUAAGUGAAAGCAUCUGCCUUCUGUAAAUCAAGUCACUGUUACUGUUUCUGUAAAUCACCAUAGAUAGACUAACCUCCUCCCCACCCCCCAAAAAAAACCAAACAAACCCCAAGAACUUACUUAGAUUUGAUACAUCAGGAGACCGAGUUUAGGCCUCAACUUCAGAGGGAACUGAGCAAUGCAGAGGCUUCUGCAGGGUAGGUGUAGAAGCGCAGAAUGCCUUAUUUUCUGUUGUUCAGCUUCUUCCAGCAAAGCUGAGGCUGUCAAAACGUUGCCAGUUUUGGUUGGACAUGUUCCUGGAAGCUUCAUCACAUGACAAUAUUUCAUUAAAGAUUAAUUCCAGGGCUCCAGGACAAUCUUGGAGGGUUGGUAAUCCUUUGCUGUGCUUGAGGAACAGAUCAGAGCCUCAUGGGGGUGGGGAUCAGAGGGAAGGAAUUGAAAAUUUGUCUAGUUUCAAAGUACCUUGCCCCUGAUGGCGCACUGCUCCUGACCAGGAAGUGUCUACAGUGUUAAUACCGAUAAGUCUCCCUUAAAGGAGGCCCUUGAGGGCUAGGCUGCAGCAAUGGGGAAAAAAGGGCUCAACACUUACAAAUGAAAACUAAAAUUUUGUGUGGAAAUAAGAGGCAGUGGCCAUUUGUGCUGCUCACUCAGUUUCCACUCAGAGCAAUUCAGCCAGGAUAGCUCUGCUUGGGCUAAGUCUCUUAGCUAUGGUGGGCCUCCCAGAGUGGUUUGCACUGGCUUAUUGUGCUUGAGUUCAUGCCCCAGCCCAUCUCUGGUUUCAUGUGUCUUGUAUACACUGAGAUGGAGCAGCUCUUGGAUACCACAUAGGCUGGACCCUGUUCUUCCCAGCACAAAGGCUCUGGCCUUUUCCUUUCUGAAGUCACUUUAGCUGAGUAACUCUGUAGGUAGAAGAGGCAAAGGGCAUUCCCCUUGACUUUGCCUCCCAACAAUGCUGCUUUGAUGCCCAAGUAGCAGGGGCAUGUCACCAGCCAUGCACAUAGUGCAGAGUAUGCUGAGCCUUUGUGUGCAGCACACCUACCUGGAGCAUCCCUAAGUUGGGUUCCUUUUUGUUGUACUACUGAAGGGCAGAUCUCUUCAUUUUGCUGAAUUCUCCACUAAUUUUAAAUGAGUUAAAUUAUGGUCCAGUGUAGGGUUUUUCCCCUCCGAAUACUUUGUUGGCAAAAGAAUAACUGUCCAGACUCUCCUGUGACACUGUAAGCCUGUAAAGUGCAGCAGCUCAGGAGCGAAUUCCCUUUUGGGGACAGUGACUGUUGUCCCCUCACAUUCUCUAAUGUGUGUUUGGUGCCUAGAUCCUAUAGUAAUGGAGAGAUUGCUGGAGGGAGGGAAAGCUGGGGGAAAACUCGAGCCAUCUGACUUAUAGGCCCAGCAGGGUCUUACCCACUAUUUCUGUGGUCAUUAUUUGUACAGUGCAGCUACCCAACCUUCACUUGUACACCUGCAGGAUCUGAGUGCCUGCCUGCCUGGGCCUUUCUGCAGUUCUCCCCUAUCCACUGUACUCCUCCAGAUUCUGCUCCCUGGGUUCUAAAAUAUGCACUGAUGCUUAGAUUUUAACUAUUACAAUUGUCUGAGAGCAAAGCAGUGGCAGCCUCUCCAGCUACUCCCUGUCUGAGGGAGAGGAUGAGAGAGGCUCAUGAAAUAGCCUGGUGCUCCUGCUCCAAGAUGGGAAGGGAUUUCUCUUCUUUGGACUGUUUUUGUAUUAUUUAGGAGAUAAUGGUGUUAAUGAACUGUGUUUGUGGCUGUGCUCGAGGCUCAGCCGUAUGAGGAGGAGUGAAUGGAACACUCCCUCAACUAAAUAAAAUCAAACAUCUGUA